CUCCUCAACCGGAUCUACACUGAGCUCUACAUCACAGAGGGACAGAGUGAAGAGGUUAAUACUCAACAUGAGGUGAGGCAGCUAGAGACGGCUUCCAAGAUGAAGAUCCUCCACGACACUCCCAUCAGGUGCCACGACAUCUUUAAAGCCUCCACUGACCAGCAGAGCAGCAUCAGAGUCGUCCUGACCAACGGCGUCGCUGGCGUUGGAAAAACCUUCUCGGUGCAGAAGUUCACUCUGGACUGGGCAGAGGGUUUAGAAAACCAGGAUGUGGUUCUGCUGAUUGUGCUUUCGUUCAGGGAGCUGAACCUGGUGAAGGACCAGCAGCACAGUCUCCUCACGCUGCUCCGUGUUUUCCAUCCAGCGUUACAGAAGCUCACGGCAGAGACGCUCGCUGUCUGUAAACCUUUGUUCAUCUUUGACGGCCUGGAUGAAAGCAGACCUUCUCUGGACUUCAACCACAGGGAGCUUGUGUCUGAGGUCACACAGAGGUCAUCAGUCAACGUGCUGCUGACAAACCUCAUCCGGGGGAAUCUGCUUCCCUCGGCUCUCGUCUGGAUAACCUCCAGACCUGCUGCGGCCAAUCAGAUCCCUCCUGCAUGUGUCGACAGGGUCACAGAAGUACGAGGCUUCACUGAGGCCCAGAAGGAGGAGUACUUCAGGAGGAGAUUCAGUGAUGAAGAGCUGUGCAGCAGAAUCAUCUCACACAUCAAGAUGUCCAGGAGCCUCCACAUCAUGUGUCAAAUACCAGUCUUCUGCUGGAUCAGUGGAACAGUUCUGGAGCACAUGUUGACCACAGACCAGAGAGGAGAGCUGCCCAAGACCCUGACUGACCUGUACUCACACUUCCUGCUGGUUCAGACAAAGAGGAAGAAGAAAAAGUACAGUGAGGGACAUGAGACGACUCCACAGCAGCUGAUGGAGGCUGACAGGGACGUUCUUCUGAAGCUGGGGAGGCUGGCGCUUAAACAUCUGGAGGAAGGAAACAUCAUGUUCUACCAAGAAGACCUGGAGCGGUGUGGUCUUAAUGUCACAGAGGCCUCGGUGUACUCAGGAGUUUGUACUGAGAUCUUCAGAAGAGAGUGUGUGAUCUUCCAGAAAUCAGUCUACUGCUUUGUUCAUCUGAGCGUUCAGGAGUUUCUGGCUGCAGUUUACGUGUUCCACCUUUACACACAAACAGAAGAACUCAACAACUUCUUGGGGACAUAUGAGGACACAGACAGUACCUUCUCCCUGGAUGACCUCCUGAAGAGAACCAUGGAGAAAUCCCUCACCAGUACUAAUGGUCAUCUGGACCUGUUUGUUCGCUUCCUUCACGGCCUCAGUCUGGAGUCCAACCAGAGAGUCUUAGGAGGCCUGCUGGGACGGACAGGGAACAAUCCAAAGAUCAUCCAGAUAGUCAUCAACAACCUCAAGGAGAUGAAGAGUGAUGACAUUUCUCCUGACAGAAGCAUCAACAUCUUCCACUGUCUGACUGAGAUGAACGACCACUCAGUUCAUCAGCAGAUGAAACAGUUCUUGACGUCAGAGAACAGAUCAAAGGAGAAACUCUCUGAGAUCCACUGCUCAACUCUGGCCUACAUGCUGCAAAUGUCAGAGGAGGUUCUGGAUGAGUUGGACAUGGAGAAGUUCAACACAUCAUACCAGGGUCGACGGAGGCUGAUCCCAGCUGUGAGGAACUGCAGGAAGGCUCUGUUGAAUCACUGCUGGCUGACAGAGAUCAGAUGUUCUUCUCUGGCUUCAGCUCUGAGGUCAAACCCCUCUCAUCUGAGAGAACUGGAUCUGAAUAACAACAUCCUGCAGGACUCAGGAGUGAAGGAGCUGUGUGGUUUUCUACAGAGUCCAACCUGUCGACUGGAGACUGCUUCAGCUCUGAGGUCAAACCCCUCUCAUCUGAGAGAACUGGAGCUGAGAGUAAACGACCUGCAGGACUCAGCAGUGAAGGAGCUGCUUGAUCUACAGCAGAGUCCAACCUGUCGACUGGAGACUCUGAGACUCAGUGGUUGUGAACUCUCAGAGACUCACUGUGAAGUCGUGGCCUCAGCUCUGAAGUCAGACCCCUCACAUCUGAGAGAACUGGAUCUGAGUGGAAACGACCUGAAGGAUUCAGGAGUGAAGCUGCUGUGUUCUGGACUGGAGAGUCCAAACUGUCGACUGGAGACUCUGAGGUUGGAUCACUGCAGACUGUCAGAGAUCAGCUGUUCUUCUCUGGCUUCAGCUCUGAGGUCAAACCCCUCUCAUCUGAGAGAACUGGAUCUGAAUAACAACAUCCUGCAGGAAUCAGCAGUGAAGGAGCUGUGUGGUUUUCUACAGAGUCCAACCUGUCGACUGGAGACUCUGAGGUUGAAGAGCUGCAGUCUGUCAGAGAUCAGCUGUUCUUCUCUGGCUUCAGCUCUGAGGUCAAACCCCUCUCAUCUGAGAGAACUGGAUCUGAGCUUCAACAACCUGCAGGACUCAGCAGUGAAGGAGCUGCUUGAUCUACAGCAGAGUCCAACUUGUCGACUGGAGAAUCUGAGACUCGUUGGUUGUUACCUCUCAGAGACUCACUGUGAAGUCGUGGCCUCAGCUCUGAAGUCAGACCCCUCACAUCUGAGAGAACUGGAUCUCAGUGAGAACUUCCUGCAGGAUUCAAGAGUGAAGCUGCUGUGUUCUGGACUGGAGAGUCCAAAUUGUCGACUGGAG